CCGAGGUCUUAGUUAAGGAGUAUAACACGCGAGCCCAUGGACGACUGGAUACGGACUAAGGAUACCUGAAUGUAUACAGUAUGAACGAUAACAUGGGUGCUUCGGUAAAGACAAAGGAAACCCGAAUGUUACCAACAUGAGAUUGUGACACUUUGGUAGGAACAAAAAAAUCCGAAAUUGUGCUCUACAACGGAAAGAGGUUUUGAAAACCCAUGAAACCCGUAAAUACGACAUUCUUUGUCUUUGAAUGCUUACAUGGAAUUAUGAAAAUGAGUUUCAUUAUGAAGGGACAAUGUGUGUUGACGACAAUGAUAAAUUAAUUCAGCGGAACACGUACUUUUUGAGGAUUUGUUGUGAGUUAAACGGAAUGGAUAUUUUUAUUUAUAUGCCUACAACAGAAAGACAUAAUGGAAAUUUGGCAUUUUCGUUGUAGUGUUAAAUAGAACGUGCGCUGUAUAGGAAGGGCGGUUUCCACUUGAAAUGACUUGGACUAGGACAUAUUUAAAGAUUCGUUUGACGUCAGUCGAUGACGUUUCGGAUAAGAGGACAGAAAAUGCCAUUGAUUGAAGGCCAUUCGUGGUCAAAUGUAAACAAACAUUUACACCCGCACCACCCGUGUCUUAGUUCCACACGUAUGCCUCUGGUCAGUUUCGAGUGUGUCCAGUCCACCUCGGUAUAUGUGUAUACAUGUCACUGGUCAACAGGUGGACAUCGUCUUAGAGAACAUUGAAGUGUUGGCUGGUUUAAACCAUGAAUAGCAUAAAGUCGAUUAAUAGUGACCUCAAUGACCACUCGAAACCGGUGUAAAUGACCAAGGCAAUAUAGCAAAGGGAUGUAUAUUUCAAAAGUGGGAAUUUUUUAACUGGUGGCGAUGAUGAAGCAGACAACGCCAGGAUCAACACGAUGACUAUUUGAAUGUGUGCUUAAAGUAAAAAGAAUUAACAAAUCUCAAUAUAGGAUGUUUGGAAACAGAUGUGACACGCUGGAUUGGCAAGGUUGGUUAUACAAACGGAUAUAACCUUGAACCAUCUCGUACAUAAUAGACGACAAAACCGAAAUGUUUGCAUACUCGGAGUAACCAAUUUUGUGUUUGAAUUCAGACCGAGAUCCGUUGGUAAUUCCUGACAUUGAGAUCGGACUGGUUAGUCAGUUUCUCGUACGUUUUUGCCAUUUUUUUUUUUUUUUUGAAAUGGAACAUAUCUCCGCGGCAAUUAUUGCCGUUUGUGAUUUCCUCAUGAGCUUCCUGGUAAUUUCAACAUGUGUUGUGUUCUUCUGGAGAGGUAGUUGGGGAGUACUUGACCUAUAUCUUUAUCCCAGUAACGUUGAACUCAGUUCGUGGAUUUGUUUUGCGUAUGGCAAUUUUGUCAUGAUUUUGACUGGUCUCUUACAGAAAUAUACCUCCAGGAUCAAGAAAUUUAAAAAUGUAGUCGUAUAUUUCGUUCUUUCAAGAGUAUAUAUUUACAUCAUCGCUACUGCAAGUGUGGCGCAGUGGCGCGGGAUUUGGAAUCUGCAGGAUCACUACACAGGAAAGACGUGGCAGAGUGCUAUUUCGUCCUUCGUCAUUGGCGCCAGCGUAAUCUGUUGUUUGCGAUGUGUCAAAACAAUCAUGGCCGCGUCGCCUUUGAUGGUUUCGCAUGAUACGGAUUCUGCAAAGCUUUUCAGGAUAACAGGGAGACUUGGUUCAAAGGCUAGAUGUUCCCCUUGGUUCGUAGCCGACAUGGUGAUGACGCCUCUUCUUGUCCACACUUUCGUUGUGGUUUUCUGGCGGGGACUAUGGACGCUAAUGAACAUCUACCUGUACCCAGGAGAGGACACCCUGUCCGGCCUUUUCUCACUAGUAGCCAGCCUCGCUUUGGCAUUCCCAACUCUCAUUUGUCAACAUAUCAUUGUGCCAUUUGUCAAAAAUCACAGCAAUAAAAACAGAAUUUGUGUGGUAUUACUUUUGAACCUCUAUCUAGUCAUGGCUAGCUGCUUGCCCGUCGCCCAUUGGAGAGGAAUUUGGAUUUUACAGGAUGCAUUGCUGAUUCCGGAAAAUAAACAAUUCAGUGUGUGGGUGUCUCAUACACUUGGAUUCCUGGGUGGAGUACUCGUAUUAUCCGCAAAAUCUAUACCGGUUUUGGGUUGUUUAUUAGAUAGCAGUAUUGGCAAAGACGAUCGACCGCUGAUUAGCAUAGCUUAUUUUAAACAAAUGCGAGACAAUAUUUGCUAUCAAAAGAAUGUCAAAUGUUCAAACGACCUUGACGAUAAGGACGUGGUGUCUAAGGAAAAUACCGAAAACAAUAAUAAACCUAUCGAGUUCACAUUCAUUACACAUUUAUAGUCAUCUUUAUUUGCAGCUAAAGAAGGUACGUUGGUAAAAUAACGUAAAAUGUUUUAAACAAG